UCUGAGCGAGGGUGUGAGUGAGUUGACGCUCAAGCUGAGCUCAUUAUUUCAGUUUACGGGUGACGUCGGUCUGCUCGAGGCGAAGGCUAACCGUUUUUAAUCAUGGCUGUGCGGCGGGCGUCGUGGGCGGAAGGGUUCGGGUACGAAAUGAAAUCACUUCAGGACUUGAUGAAUCAGAGAGGUGUAGAGGGCAUCCAGCAUCUCAACGACGAGUUUGGCGGCUUGCAAGAGUUGGCUCGCGGACUGAAGACGAACACAACGGAAGGUCUGUCUGGCGAUGAAGCCGAUCUGAGACACAGACGCGACAUGUACGGGGCGAAUGUGAUUCCGGCCAAGAAGGCCAAGAGCUUUCUCGAGUUGGCGUGGGAGGCUUUGCACGACUUCACACUCAUCGUACUGAUUGUCGCCGCAGCGAUUUCGAUUAUUCUUGGCCUCGUCGUCGAGAAGAAGAAGGAGACGGCGUGGAUUGACGGAUUUGCCAUACUCGUGGCCGUUAUAGUCGUCGUUCUCGUCACCGCCUUCAAUGACUACAGCAAGGAGUUACAGUUUCAGAGUCUGCAGAAGCAGAUAAAACAAGACCACCAGUUUGCAGUCCUUCGAAAUGGCGAGAUAGUUCGGAUACCUGUGACUGAAAUUGUGGUUGGUGAUAUUAUUUCGUUCAAGUAUGGAGAUGCACUGCCAACAGACGGCGUCCUCAUACAGGGGAAUGAUGUUCGGGUUGAUGAAUCUUCUAUGACAGGUGAAAACGACUACAUAAGAAAGGGUCCAAAUCGAGAUGUUAUUAUGUUGUCGUCUACCCGGGUGAUGGAAGGCAGUGGAAAGAUAUUAGUCUGUGCCGUAGGAAUUAAUUCUCAGGCAGGAAUCAUUUUCACUCUCAUCAACAAGGGUGGAGGUGGAAGAGUUGAGAAGGAUGAUUUGAAAAAGGAAGCGUCGGGCUCAGAUUCAUCGUCGUCAGCCGGUGAACUCGAUGAGCUAACAAAGAAGCGAGCAAGUGUGGCCAUAGUGAAGGAACAGGAAGACGUAACACACGAGAAAUCAGUUCUUCAGAACAAGCUCACCAAACUUGCUGUACAGAUUGGAUACUGUGGAACAAUAGCUGCACUGCUGUCGAUGUUUGUCAUUAUUCUGAGGUUUUGCAUAACAACGUACGUAGUUGAUGGCAAGAGCUGGGAGGGCCACCAUGCAGUGGAGAUCUUGGAAGGAUUUAUUAUCGGAGUGACCGUUCUCGUUGUUGCAAUACCAGAAGGGUUGCCAUUGGCCGUUACUAUUGCUCUCGCGUACUCGGUGAAGAAGAUGAUGUUAGACAACAACUUGGUGCGGCAUCUCCACGCGUGUGAGACGAUGGGUAAUGCGACCGCAAUAUGUUCCGACAAGACGGGAACUCUAACAACCAACAGGAUGACUGUAGUGCAGAGCUACUUGGGUAAGAACAGCCACGGCAAUAACAUCAAGAGAGAUGGGUUGGGCCAACAUCUUCUGCAUGUUCUAUGUGAUGGUGUUGCUAUCAACAGUGGAUACUCGUCACGUAUUCUGGAGCCAGAAAAGGCUGGUGAGUUUCCCAAACAGGCGGGGAACAAGACAGAGUGUGCAUUGUUGCAGUUUUGUAAUUCUCUUGGUGGUGACUAUGAACAGAUCAGAGAACAACACACCGAGGAAACAUUCACAAAGGUCUUCACUUUCAAUUCCAUGCGCAAAUCAAUGACGACCGUGAUCCCUCUUCCCGAUGGACAGGGAUAUCGUGUUUUCACCAAGGGAGCAUCAGAGAUUGUUCUCGGGAUGUGUUCGUAUAUUCUCGGUGCUAAAGACGAGCUUUACCCGUUGUCGAGAGUAGAGCGAAGGUAUAUUGUGGGAACAGUGGUUGAAACAUUGGCAAAACAAGGUCUAAGGACUCUCUGUUUGGCGUACAAGGAUGUGUCUCCUGAUGCCAUUACUUCUGAUGAAAUUUGGGAUGACGAGCUUUGGGUGACGUCCGACCUGGUUUGUAUCGGUAUUGUGGGAAUCGAAGAUCCGGUGAGAGAUGAGGUUCCUGCAGCGAUCGAGAAGGUUCAGAAUGCAGGCGUGACCGUCCGAAUGGUUACUGGCGACAACAUCAACACGGCACAAGCGAUCGCGACCAAGUGCGGCAUUUUACUACCGUCUGAUAACAAGGAGUUGGCCGUCUUGAGCGGUAAAGAGUUCAACAAACGAGUCUGUGGAGCCGACGGAGAAGUAGACCAAGAACGGAUGGACGCUGUAUGGCCGACUCUUCGGGUUUUGGCGAGAUCGUCGCCAGAAGAUAAGCACACACUCGUGACCGGAAUCAUCAAGAGCGAGCUAAGCAAGCACAGAGAAGUGGUUGCUGUGACUGGCGACGGUACAAACGACGGACCUGCACUGAAGGCGGCAGAUGUCGGUUUCGCUAUGGGCAUCGCCGGAACCGACGUCGCCAAGGAAGCUUCCGAUAUCGUCCUCACAGACGACAACUUUGCUAGUAUCGUGAAGGCCGUCAUGUGGGGCAGAAACGUGUACGAUUCUAUUGCCAAAUUCAUCCAGUUCCAGCUCACUGUCAACGUCGUCGCUGUCACUCUCGUCUUCAUAUCGGCUUGUACCAUCCAACACGUGCCCUUGACUCCCAUUCAGAUGCUCUGGGUCAAUCUCAUCAUGGACUCACUCGCCUCCUUGGCUCUCGCCACCGAACCACCGACCGAAGAGCUCCUCACUAGAAAGCCGUACGGUCGAACGAAGCCUCUCAUAUCUCGCACGAUGUUCAGGAAUAUCGCUAUGCACUCCAUAUUUCAGUUGGUCGUCGUCUUUGUUCUUGUGUUUGCUGGUGCCGAACUGUUCAACAUCGAUUCUGCCAUCGAUCGAGCCGACGACGACAAAGAGCCGACACAACACUUUACGAUCGUAUUUAACACGUUCGUGAUGAUGCAGAUAUUCAAUGAGAUAAAUGCCCGGAAGGUACACGGAGAGAGAAACGUGUUCAAGGGCAUUAUGAACAACCGUUUCUUCGUAGUGAUAAUCAUGGGAACGAUGGCAUUGCAGAUUUUGAUUGUUGAAUACGGCAGCGUUGCUUUUAGUACGAAAUCUUUGACUGCAGAUCAAUGGCUGUGGUGUGUGUUUCUGGGUAUGGCGUCAUUGGUUUGGGGUCAGGUUGUCAUUACAGUUCCGAAGCAUCCCAUGCCUCAGUUUGGAAAGCAGACGAAGGAUCUUGCCGAUGAUGACGUCGACACAGUGAGGGAUGCGAAGAUCCUCUGGAUGAGAGGAUUGUGGAGGUUGCAAGCUCAAAUUCGUGUUGUGCAUGCAUUCCGUGCCGCUAUCGAGUCCCAACACACGCCCAAAAGUGGUUCCCUGAGGAAAUCAUCAGACCUAAUGUAUCCGUCUCAAUUGCACACGAAACUGCGUGAAGCUCAAGCACUUGAGGAAGGGACACGUGAUAGUAGUGCAGAUGUGGGCGGCACCUCGAAUGAUUCUUUUCGAUCCAGCGAGCCCCUUGUUGAUAUUAGAGUUCACGACGACAUGAUAGGCUCGUCUGCGACUUCACUAAAGCUCAACAGUGUGAAAACUGAAACUGAACUGUAAGUAGGAAUAGGUAUUGUUGACAUGUUGUAGCUUGCUGCAUGUAUUGGUUACUGUUCUGAAAUUGGCAUCUGUAGUCAAUGGAGGCAAUAAAUUAUGAAUCGCCUUUCUGUCA